AUGGAUGAGGAGAUCACCUUCGGACCAAGGGAUGCGGUUCCCCUGGCGUCUGGAAACCACGAGGCCAUCGUGAUAGACGUCGUGAUCAAUAACUACCGGGUGAAGAAAGUGUACGUCGACCAAGGGAGCGCAGUGGACAUCCUGUUUUACCGGGUGUUCAAGGAGCUCGGCUUGGAGGACGGACAGCUAACCCCGGUUCGGACACCCCUAGUGGGCUUCACCGGACCGCCCAUCAAUCCGGAGGGGAUGAUCACUCUGAUGGUUACGGUAGGGCAGACGCCCAAAUGCCGGACCAUCCCCGUCAAUUUUGUGGUGGUCAAACAACAAUCCCCGUAUAACGUGUUCUUGGGACGGCCUGCUUUGAAUGCGCUUCGAGCUAUCCCCUCGUCUCUCCACCUCAGCGUCAAAUUCCCCACCCCGGGAGGAAUAGUUGAGGUGCAUGGAGAUCCAGAGGUGGCCAGAGCUUGCUACCUGGCCGUGCUCCGGGGACAUGAGAAGGUGGUCGCCCAGACGACCAGCCUGGAGCCCUAA